AUGACGGCUACGCAUCUGGAUCGAUUCAAAAAUACAUGCAUUCAAAAACACAUGACACAUCACAGUCAGUCGAGUACGGGACGUAGUGAAGAUUCGGCGUUCUACAGAGGACGACCACUGUUUCAUCCUGGUUGGUGGAAAGAAUUGAAAACUUCUCAAAAAUGGGCUUUUGUGUGUUAUCUGUUGUUCUACACUUUGGGCUUGUUCCUAUUCUGUUUCUCAAUCACCACGGAUAUUUACUUCGAGCACACACUUCAAUUGGUCGGACUACGCCGGAUGGAAGUGCCCGAUCAGGCAGUGGAAUAUAACCUGACCGUGAGUGGAUGA